UUUGUCCUUAAUACCAGUCAGUUAUGGGGGUAUGUGAGAAGGACAUUGAUUAUGUUCUCCAGAAGUAUGGAAUCAGGAGGGACAGUGAUGUUUGUCAACUUUACCUUGCCAAAAAAGGACUCACAAAUGUUCCGGAUUUGUCAAGAUUCUCCAUGCUGAGAUAUUUAUGGCUCAAUAAUAACAAGAUUAAGAACCUUUCUCACAAUACCCUCAACUGCUGUGUGACAGAACUUUACCUCCAAAAUAAUGAAAUAAAAUCUAUCUCAGGGGCUCUGGGACAUCUAACCUGCCUAAAAGUUCUCCUUCUCCACAACAACCAGAUGCAGAAACUGGAGGACUGCAUGGCUGAGCUCAGGAACAUGCAUAAUCUCCACACUGUCAAGCCUGAAUAUCGGCAGUAUGUGGUUCAUCAACUGCCGUCAGUGCAGGUUUUGGAUAGAAGAGAGGUUAAGCAGGAGGAGAGGAGCCGUUCCUUCCAGCUGUUCAGACCAGAACGCCAUCGUGUUCUCCAGUCUCUGGCCUUUGGCAGACGGGCAGAAACUCCCCUAGGAAGACAGACCAGCAUCUAUGGGGAAGGACGUCGUCUCUUACGGUUCCCAUUAGAUGAUACAGCAGAUCCCAGUGAGCGGACAGCCAAGAGAUCCAUCAUGCAGUUCUCCACUGUGGACUGGAAGUCCAUCCCCACCUCCAACCAGAGACCGCUGGGGGAACGUGACCAGAGAGGGCCUAACAUCCUCAUUGUCACAUUAAGAUAACAGAACCACAAAUCACAGGAUGGAUAAAUCUCAAUUGAAUU